AUGGCUCUAGAUACACUCCGUAUAUAUAUCGCCCAUAUAUACGUUCUAUCGCAGGCGGCCCACGCCGUCGUGGUGCUGUCUCGACAGGCCCGGCCCGAGUUCGCGCAGCUCGACGUGCAGCUGCACGUCGUCGACUACGACGACCUGGAGCGGCUGGCGUUUGCGCUGCAGGGCGUCGACGUGGUCAUCUCAACCAUCUCGGGCCAGGAGCAGCUCAACCUGAUCCAGGCGGCGGUGGGGCGGGUGCGCGUCUUCGUGCCGUCCGAGUUCGAGGGCAGCCUGAGCCGGCGGCCGACGCACGGCCACGACGGCAGCGACCCGUCCGGGCUGGACCGCGGGUCGGCGGCGGCGCUCGAGCUGCUACAGCAGUGGGCGCGGCAGUCGCGCAUCCGCUACACCGUCUUCUCGUGCGGCCUCUUCAUGGAGCGCUUCCACCCCUGGGGGCUCGGCUACCUCAACAUCGGGCGCGGGUCCGGCAUCGCGAGCGCGGGCGACUACCUCGUCGACAUCAACCGGGCGACGGCCGAGUACGCCGAGCGGGACGCCCGAGGCCGCUCCGUGCGCGUGUGUCUGUCGUCCGUGUACGACGUGGCGCGCUUCAUCGUCGCCGCCAUCGACCUCGGCACCGAGAAGUGGCCCGUCGAGUUCACCAUGCGCGGCGACCGCAUGACUCUCUCGGAGCUCGUCGACACUUGCAGCCGCGUCCGCAACGUCGUCUUCUACCGCCAGACGCGCUCCUACGCCGAGCUGCAGGCGUACCUGAGUUACUGCGCGCAUAGCGGCGACGUGCAACGCGUCGCCUACUAUCAGCGGCUGCUGGCCACGGCCAACGGACGCUACGACUUUAGCCGCGCCACCCUCAACGAGGCCAUUGAGCGGAGCGACCUCGUCGACGUCCAGCCCUUGAAGCUGAGCCAGUGGCUCAUGAAUAUGUUGCAGUCGGUGUAA